UCCUUUCCUAUAAUGCCUAUGAUUCUAAUCAUAUGCAUGGCCAGUCAUGCAUACACAUAGAUGGAACGUAGGGUAUUCCCUUCAAAGUUCAUCCCAGCAUAGGCUGCCUUUACUGCAAGCAUCUAAAGUCAGUUCAGGCUGGAAGGACUGGAUGUGUUUGGUCGCUGACAGGGAGUUGCUAAGGGUUGCCAGGAGGGAGUGGUCUGCCUACCACACCCUUUGGAACUUGGGGGUGUAGCUCGGUGUAGGCAGUGGUCCUGAGUUGCUAAGUUCCCCAUUAUGCUUGCCUGUCUCACCCCCUCUCCCCCUCCCUCUGCAGGCUACCUGACAGUGAACAUUGAGCCCCUUCCUCCUGUGGUGGCUGGGGAUGCAGUGACCCUGAAGUGCAACUUCAAGACAGACGGCCGCAUGCGCGAGAUCGUGUGGUACCGGGUGACAGAUGGUGGCACCAUCAAGCAGAAGAUUUUCACCUUUGACGCCAUGUUCUCCACCAACUACUCACACAUGGAGAACUACCGCAAGCGGGAGGAUCUCGUGUACCAGUCCACUGUGAGGCUGCCUGAGGUCCGGAUCUCAGACAACGGUCCCUAUGAAUGCCACGUGGGUAUCUACGACAGAGCCACCAGGGAGAAGGUGGUCCUCGCCUCAGGCAACAUCUUCCUCAAUGUCAUGGCUCCUCCCACCUCCAUCGAAGUUGUGGCUGCUGACUCACCUGCCCCUUUCAGUCGGUACCAGGCCCAGAACUUCACACUGGUCUGCAUCGUGUCAGGAGGGAAGCCAGCGCCCAUGGUUUAUUUCAAACGGGAUGGGGAACUGAUCGAUGCGGUACCCCUGUCAGAACUGCCGGCAACCAGCUCCGGCCCCCUCCAGGACAGCAGGCCCUUCCGCGGCCUUCUGCAUCGAGAUGUGGACGACACCAAAAUGCAAAAGUCACUGUCCCUCCUAGACACUGAAUACCGGGCUGGACGUCCCUACACGGAGCGCCCCUCACGCACUCUCACCCAGGACCCCAGCCUUUUCGUGCAGCCCACCACGGAAAACAUCCCAGAGACAGUAGUGAGCCGCGAGUUCCCCCGUUGGGUACACAGCGCAGAACCCGUCUACUUCCUGCGCCACAGCCGCACCCCAGGCAGCGAUGGCACGGUGGAGGUGCGAGCCCUGCUCACCUGGACCCUCAACCCGCAGAUAGAUAAUGAGGCCCUCUUCAGCUGUGAGGUCAAGCACCCAGCGCUGUCCAUGCCCAUGCAGGCGGAGGUCACGCUAGUUGCUCCCAAAGGACCCAAAAUCGUGAUGACACCCAGCAGAGCCCGGGUUGGGGACACGGUGAGGAUUCUAGUCCACGGAUUUCAGAAUGAGGUCUUCCCAGAACCCAUGUUCACGUGGACGAGAGUGGGCAGCCGCCUCCUGGAUGGCAGCGCUGAGUUUGACGGGAAGGAACUGGUGCUGGAGCGGGUUCCUGCCGAGCUCAAUGGCUCCAUGUAUCGCUGCACUGCCCAGAAUCCACUGGGCUCCACCGAUACACAUACUCGGCUCAUCGUGUUUGAAAACCCAAAUAUCCCAAGAGGAACAGAGGACUCCCGUGGUUCUGCUUCUGGCCUCGCUGGCGUCCGGCUCACCCUGGUGCUUGCCCUGACAGUGGUCCUGGAGCUCACGUGAAGAUGCCGCCUCCUCCCGACACUCCAGCGGCCUGGCAUCUCUGCGAUCGAUUUUCAUUUCUUUUCUAAACUAUUUCCAGUCUUGUUCUUAGUCUUUGCCCAUGUCUUGGCUUCUUCACUGGGUUUAAUUAAAACAAACGGACCAAUUUUCCCCA